CAUGGUAGGAAAACAUUUGUCGUCAUUUAAAAUAAUCUGGAACCGUUUAUAAUCGAGCAGGAAUACUCAAAUCCAUCAGACAGGAAUGCAUCAGAUGAAAUUUUCCUCAGAGGAGUUGCGUUCUCUCCCACCAAGACCCCCGAUUUUACCUGCAGCUUCACCAAAGAGACGGUUUGUCAAGUUGGGAAGGAAGACAAGUGAUGGAUCUCAGCAAUCGGCUUCAUCCACCGGCAGUUCAUCCACCAGCAGAUCAGCCGAGGGUGUGGCCGUCACACAGCCCAGCAAGAGCCGCAUCCGUCGCCAAACUAACCGCCUCUCAGGUGUCUUCCUCCGUGGCUCCGCCUCCAACACAGGCUCCAUGGCACUGACAGCGGGCAUCAGGUCCUCACUGUCCAUCCCAGCCAGGAAGGGAAGCAUGAUCUGUGCAGAUGCUUUAAGAGCGGAUGACCCAUCUGAGCUGUCCAAUCAGAUAACUGCUCCAGGAAUCCUGAAGAUCUUUGGAAAUGAAAUCUGUGAGGGAGCUCACUAUAAGAGCGUGCUGGCCACCACACACUCUAGUGCAAAAGAGCUAGUCAAAGAGGCCCUUGAACGGUAUGGUCUGGGCAAGGAGGAGGCAGAGUCCUAUGUUCUGUGUGACACCAUCGGCUCCACUGGAGAUCAUCGGUGGAGGACAGAAGGGUUCCGAGUUGUGAGCGACAAUGAGAAGCCCCUCCUCCUGCAGUCACUAUGGAAACCCAGAGAAGGCCUGGCGAGACGGUUCGAAAUCCAGAGGAGAAGCUUAGUCGAGGAGAAGACCUCCAAAGACAAAGACACCAUCACUGCGGGUAUAAAUGCCCAGGCUCGAAAGCUGCAGAAGAGCCGCUCCAGAGUGACCUCCACCCUUAUAGAGAGGACCAAUGGGAGAGGUUACAAACUGUGGAGGAGCAAAAGUGAGAUGGACCUCAUAGAUUCUGAUACAGAGACCAAACAGGACACAGAUCAUGAUCAAUGUCAAAAGGAUCGAAGCAGUAGUCUGAAUCAAACCUCAGAGCAAAGUUACGAGCACUCAAAAACAAGCCCAGAACAGAAUCACAUUCACAGCCUUGCAGCUCCCGCAGAAGGGGACGGUGGGUCACAGGCCAAAACAGAGACCCUCUGUCCAUCGAGGCUGAGAGGCGAGCGGGAAGGAGAGGAGUCAGAGAGGGAGGAGACGGAGAGCAGCGACGAUAGCACCACACAGUACUCCAUUCACCCUCCUCACGACUGUCCAUACCUGCUGUUGCUCCAGGGCUGCAGCCUUGCACAGGACUUCGUCAUCUACCUACUUGUUGGGCCAAACAUUGUAUUUGGUCGGCAAAUUGAUCAAGAAGACGAGUCGAAACCUGACGUCCUUCUCUUUGACACUGACAUCCUCCCGAAACACUGCUAUUUCCAUCGCCAUGGCGCUGGCAGCCCCACCCUGCUCUGCCCUUGUCAGAAAGCCAUGGUCACGAGAAAUGGCGAAGUGCUGAGUAAAGAAGUGCAGCUUAACCCUGGUGAUGUCAUUGGGUUGGGAGAGCGCUACCUGUUUCUUUUCAAGGAUCCCUUUGCUUUGACACACAAGGAUGUGUACACUGCGGCUCCUGACUCCAGCAUGGCUGCUGUCCCCUGGAUGCUGGGUCACCCCACUUCUGCUACUACAACAAGCCAUAUUAAAGAAAUAAUCCUCUGCAACACCUGCAUCACAACCUGCACUGACCUCAAUAGAUCAAGCAGCAAACAGUCCCUAAACACAGGCCUGCCCUUUUUAAAAUCACCCGAGUGUCUGAGCCUGGAGUAUGAGAGUGAGGAUGAGGAUCACAUUAUCAAGGAAAUAGUUGCUAUGGGAAGGACCAGCGACAAAGGCAGACCACCACUGACUGUGGCAUUUCUGCUGUGUCAGUGUGUUCAGUAUUCAUCCAUGUGUCUUCAUACCUCGGAUCUGCGCAGGCUGCUGUUGCUUAUUGCAAAUGGAGUUCAGAGGGCCAUGUGGGAGCACACUAAGGACAUAGCUGCAGUUAAACCUGGAGUAACCAGUAUCAAUGGAGAAAACUCAACCCUGGAGGACCUCCAGGCUCUCAGCCAGCAUGAGGUUAUCUCAGGACUGCGCCCCCUGGUGGUGUGGAUGUCCAACAGUCUGGAGCUGCUGCAGUUCAUCCAGUACCAGCUGCCUCUUAUUCUACAGUGGAGAACCCAAAAAGAGCAGGGACAUGAAGAGGAAGAAGGAAGGGAAGAUGACGAGAACAAGGAGGGGGAGAAUUUGGCCCUGUUGGAGUUACGUCUGUCCUGUGUCCGUCCAGCCAGUGAGGAGACAAUGGCUGUCCUGGAGGAGGUCAUGAUGCUCGCCUUCCAGCAGUGUGUGUACUACAUCACCAAGGUCCUCUACCCCGUCCUGCCGGGCCUUCUGGAUUGCAACCCGUUCAGGGAGAGUCCUCACCUGCAGGUGACUGGCGAGAGCGCUCAGGUCCCGGGUAGUGCUGGACUGCAGGUACCUGGUGAGAUCCAGCAUCUUAUGGAUGUUCUGACCGACACCUGGAGACUACUGUCUGACUGUCAGCUCCACCCAGAGAUUUCCUCACAGCUUAUUGGCUACCUCUUCUACUUCAUCAACGCAUCCCUGUUCAACUCACUCAUGGAGAGAGGCUCUGAGCCAGGUUUCUACCACUGGUCCAGAGGCGUACGAAUGCAAGCCAAUCUGGACUUGCUCCUGGACUGGGCCCACACAGCUGGACUGGGGGAACUGGCCUUGGAGCACACACACACACUCUCGUCAGCUAUCAAUCUGCUGGCUUCACCCAGAAAGAAUUUACUGCAGACAUCUUGGGUGUCUUUGCGGUCGCACUACCCCGCCCUGAGUCCGGCCCAGCUGAACCACCUGCUGAGUCUUUACAGCCCGGCAUCUCCCUGCAGACACACCUGGACUCCGUCUGUUCAGGACCAGGCUGCAGCACACGAAACUGCUGAUAUCCUGGAGAAUUUUGACACCCACCAUCCUCUGGUGCUGCCAGACGGGGAUUACCAGUUCCAGCUGAGCAGGCAGGUAACAGAUUCAGCCCUGAAGGAACAGCUGGACCGGCUCAAAGAGUUCAUGUCCACCCUUUCUAACUCGCAGUCUGAUGAGUCCACAGCUCCCGAGGAGCAAAAGGUUGGUAGCAUUCCCAAAAAAUGGACUGAGAUGGAUAUCUUUCCAAAAGCCAGUCUGGAAACCUUGGAUACAUCGCCGGUUGAGAUGGUCAUGUCUCAGGCUAUUGUCCGUGACCACCGGUCCCCUUCUACUACCGUUGGUGUCUUACCUCCAUCACCCUCAUCCCCUCCCUGUCCAUCCUCCACCCAACACCUGGAUGAGUUCAGCUCCUGUGGUGCCCUCCUUUUGUCCCAGAAGCUAAGAAAUCUGGAGCUGCAGACCGGAGGUACCAGUGAGAUGAGGAGGUCAGCUCUGGAUCCCUCGUGUCUCCUCACCCCACCCAACACCCCCCACACGAUAGAUCCUGUUGAUUUGGGGAAGGCAGACCAGGAUAAAUGGAUGACGGGUGACAGUGAGACACUUCCCUGGUCCACUGGUGUAGAUGCACAUGAUGAAGGUGGAUUAGUGUCUGAAUGUCUGGCUGCUCUAAAAGUAGACCGUUUGAAGUCAGAUUGCCCCAGGAUGGAAAGCUUUGUUGAACUGAGAGAGGAAGUGGAGGAGGAGGACGACCACUAUGAUGACAAUAAUGACGAGGUGUUUAGCUUGGAGCUGGAGCGAGGUGAAAGGGGACUUGGUCUUGCCCUGGUUGACACAAGGGACACCUCAUUGAGGGUGAAAGGCAUCUUCAUCCGUGCAGUGGUCCCAGACUCUCCUGCAGCUCGCUGUGAGAAGCUGCUACCAGGAGACAGGAUCCUGGCUGUUAACGGAGUCACUCUGCUUGGACUGGACUACCAGAGUGGAAAGGAGCUGAUCCAGUCAUCAGGGGACAGACUAAGGUUACUGGUGGCCAGAUCUGACUGGAUGGCUCGGGCUGUACAGACUGAAUGCUGACGGCGUUUAUUUACUGCUUCAUUUAACCAAGACUCUUAAUUCACCACGAGCGCACUUAAAGAUGACUGUAAGAGCUUGUUCAACACUCAAGUUCAGGACAUGUACUAGGCUAUGGGUGUUUUGGAGACAACAAUGCACUAUAAAGUGAGCUCUGUCCCGGUUGUAUUGAGCACCAGGUUUUAGCGUUUUCAUUUACAUUGUAAUAUCAUGAUAUAUUGAUGUGUAUAUGUGAGGCUGUGUUCGAGUGAAAACAGCAUUUCUGAUUUCAAACUGAGAAGACUUUGACGUUCUAAAUUGGUUUGUUAUGGUUGGGUUGAAACAUCACUGUUGUGAACACUAAAGUCUUAUCCUGCCCCUAUUUGAAGCAGUAUAUUUAAACUCUAAAGCCAGUGGCAGAAGAAUAUUUCUACGACUGAAGCCUUCCGUACAAUCACCCUGCACGCCACCACUAGAAGGAGCUGAACGCUUCAAUGAGGAAACAUCAGAAGUUUCACCCCAUUGUAAAGAUGGUCUGAUAUAGCUGACAAAAUGACAUCACUGCAACAUGGCCAUUUGUCAAAAAAACAAGCACCAAAUAAGGUGUUAUCUCAAUGCUAUUCUUGAUUUUUGUUUUUUUUAAUUCCUCAUCUGGAUAAAUGAUUUGAUAUGAUGGUUGUUACAUGUUGUUGUUAAAUGCUAGUCUGAAUGAUAAACACCAUAAAAACAUA